CGAUGGUGCACCCAAUCCUUAGUUGCCGUGCUUGUGUCGCUGUUAACAACAACAUUUUACUUCCAUUCAAAGAGAAGAUGGUGCCACAACUUGUGCUUUAUUUACGCUUUUAAAGAUACUUUUUACUGUUUUGAUUGGAUCAAAAGUAAUUAACUGUCUGCACUUCACAAUGUUUAUCUAUCUGAGUAAGAAGAUUGCAAUACCUAAUAAUGUAAAACUAGCAUCAAUAUCAUGGAACAGAGAGCAAGGAUACAUUGCUUGUGGUGGUGAAGAUGGACUGCUCAAAGUGUUGCGACUUGAAACCCAGUCAGGUUCUGAUCAGAAAGUCAAAGGCUUAGCUGCCCCAAGUAAUCUUUCAAUGAACCAGACCUUGGAAGGACAUAGUGGUGCUGUUCAAGUUGUUACUUGGAAUGAGCACUUUCAAAAGUUAACUACAAGUGAUCAAUAUGGCCUCAUAAUUGUCUGGAUUUUGUAUAAAGGCGUCUGGUAUGAAGAGAUGAUAAACAACAGGAACAAAAGUGUUGUUCGUGACAUGAAGUGGAAUGCAGAUGGACAAAAGAUCUGCAUCAUUUAUGAAGAUGGAGCUGUUAUCCUUGGUUCUGUUGAUGGGAAUAGAAUUUGGGGAAAAGAGUUGAAAAAUGUACAGCUGUCUCAUGUAGAGUGGUCACCAGAUGGAAAGACAAUCCUGUUUGGAAUAACAAAUGGGGAAAUUCACAUUUACGACAACAUUGGAAAUAUGAUGGGUAAACUUACGUCAUACUGCUUGUCGAAUGUUACUGGGGCUGUUAGAGUAUCUGGUCUCGAAUGGUAUGAUGGCUCGUACGGCUACACUGAGCCAAACUGUCCUUGUUUAGCAGUGUGCUUUGACAACGGCAGAAGCCAAAUCAUGCGACACGAGAUGGAUGAAUCGCCCGUUCUUAUUGAUACUGGUAUGGCAAUCUCAAGUAUCCAAUGGAAUCACUGUGGCUCUGUACUUGCUAUCGGUGGCUCUCAAAGAGUUGUCAAUCAAGACAAAGAAGUAAAUAUUGUACAGUUCUAUACACCUUUUGGUGAGCACUUAAGAACGCUGAAGGUUCCUGGUAAAGAUUUGAAGGCAUUGUCGUGGGAAGGCGGUAGUUUACGCAUCUCGCUUGCAGUGGAUUCAUUCAUCUAUUUUGCCAAUAUACGGCCUGACUACAAGUGGGGAUACUUUGCCAAUACAGUUGUUUACGCUUACACGAAACCAGACAGACCUGAAUAUUGUGUGGUAUUUUGGGACACUAAAACUAACGAGCGUUACGUGAAGUAUGUGAAGAACCUCAUAAGUAUCAGUGCUGCUGGAAAUCAUUGUGUUCUCUCUACCAAGGCUGAUGACUCAACUGGACAGUUUGUUCUGGUGCUGUGCAAUGCAAUAGGAACACCUCUUGAUUCACGAUAUAUAGACAUUGAGCCAGUAUACGUGACCAUGACAGUGAACAGUAUCAUUGCAUCAUCCAAAGAGGCGUUUUAUGCUUGGCAGUACAAAAGCGUGAAGAAGUUGACAACACUGGAAUUGCAAUCUGGUACCAACAAGCUAGGCAGAAGAGAAGGGUCCGAAAGGCUUUAUCAUAUUGACGACGUGCCAUCGGGUGCAGGGGAAGGUGCCGUCGACUACAGACGAGCAAUGUCGCCUACUAAUGAUCCUGUUUGUUGCAUUUGCGCGUCGGAUAAAGUUCUCAUUAUUGGCCGUGAGUCUGGCACCAUUCAUCGGUAUUCACUGCCAAAAUUAGGCCUUGAAAUGAAGCAUGUUUUAAACUGCAGACCAUUUCAAAUGUCUCUAAACUGUUCUUCUACUCGUCUUGCUAUCAUCGACAUAGCUGGAGUUCUAACGUUUUUUGAUCUGACAGCAAAAAAGACAGAUUCUUCUGGAGACACGACAUUAGGCGAGCAUCUUAAGUUUGAGAGGAAAGAUGUUUGGGAUAUGAAAUGGGCCGAGGAUAACCCAGAGCUCUUUGCCAUGAUGGAAAAAACAAGAAUGUAUGUAUUCAGAAGUCUAGAUCCUGAGGAGCCUAUUUUGUCUUCUGGAUAUAUUUGCCAGUUCAACGAUCUUCAGAUAAAAUCUGUACUACUGGAUGAAGUCAUGAAGGACCCGGCAAACCCCGCAAGAGAAAAUCUCAUUGAUUUUGAAACUAAGUCCCUUCGAGAUACAAGAGAUCUUCUUGAAAAAGUUGGAAUUGAAGAUGCCUACCAGUUCAUCUUGGAGAAUUCCCAUCCAAGACUUUGGCGGUUGCUAGCUGAAGCUGCUCUUGGGAGACAGGAUCUUGAAGUUGCCGAAAAAGCGUUUGUUCGCUGCCAAGAUUAUCAGGGGAUCAAAUUUACAAAGAGAAUAGCAAAACUAGAUAGUGAAAUGAAAAAAUCUGCAGAAAUAGCUGCAUAUUUUCAGAGAUACGAGGAAGCUGAACGCAUUUACAUCGAUAUGGACAGAAGGGAUCUAGCGGUGGAUCUUCGUAUGAAACUCGGCGAUUGGUUUAGAGUAGUACAGCUGAUAAAAUCUGGCGGUGGUGGAGACGAUAAACUUCUUGAAAAGGCGUGGAACUGCAUUGGUGACUAUUAUGCGGACCGGCAGAAAUGGCAGAAUGCAGUUACUUAUUACGUUGAAGGGCGAAAUGAAGAGCGACUUGCAGAAUCCUACUACAUGCUAGAAGAUUACGAUGGUCUUGAGAAACUAGUCAACACUCUGCCUGAAAAUCACAAACUCUUGACAUCUGCUGCAGAAAUGUUUGUGUCUGUUGGGCUUUGUGAACAAGCUGUGCAAGCAUUCGAAAAGUGUGGAAAAGUAAAAGAAGCAAUCGACUGCUGUGUUCUUCUCAACCAAUGGGAUUUAGCUAUAAGCCUGGCUAAGGAGCACAAUGUAAAAGAAAUUGAUUCUUUGUUGGCAAAAUAUGCCUCACACUUGCUGGAAGAAAACAAGAGACUCGAGGCAAUCGAACUAUAUCGGAAAGCAAACAACUUCAUAGCUGCUGCAAAACUUUUGUUUCAGUUAGCUGAGGAAAACUCAAAGGCAAGAACGAAUCCUUCACGGUCAAAAAAGUUAUACGUGUUGGCGGCUCUGUUGAUUGAAGCGCAUCAUGAGCACGUAAAAAAGAAUUCCCAAAAAGGCGUAUCUGAUAAUGGAAAGAGCAAGCGCAAAGCCGACGCGAACUCUGCCUUGUCAGGGCUUCUUGAGGAAGACAGAUCCACAAGUGAUAUCAUUGUUAUUGACAAUGCUUGGAGGGGAGCAGAGGCAUUUCAUUUCUACUUAUUGGCCCAGAAACAGCUGUAUGAAGGAAGACCAGAGGAUGCCUUGCGAACAGCAAUUCAUCUUCGCGAUUACGAAGACAUCAUUGAUCCGACCGAUGCAUAUUCCUUACUGGCGCUAGCGGCGUCUGCAAACAGGGCGUUUGGUGUCUGCUCAAAGGCGUUUAUCAAAUUGGAGACGAUUUCAAAUUCUAAAGAUGACCAAAGGCGUUACGAGGAGCUAGCACUGGAAAUCUUCACAAAACACACCCCGAAAGACAGCCGACCAAACAUUGUGGAGUGCUCGUCUUGCAGCAGCCAAAUACCCGACUGGUCAGUGUAUUGUCCCAAUUGCGACACAAAGUUCAGUCCUUGUAUAGCCAGUGGCAGACCGCUAAUGGAUUAUCAGUUCUGGAUGUGUCGCACAUGCAAACAUAAAGCCUAUGAGGAAGAGAUAAGCAGUCACCUGGCUUGUCCACUCUGUCAUUCGCCGGUUUGAGUCGCAAAACUUUGUAUAUAUUUCUUGAUAAGAUUGGGAGUGAUGAAUUCAGGUAAGGUUGCAGAGGACUAAUGCUGUUGAAAAACUUUCCUCGACAGAGGGACCGGUACAUGGAUCUGAUUUUGCUCCAGCUUACAAACGGAAAUACUUGUUAUUAAAAUGACUACGUAACUUGCUAUUAAUUUAUGAUAUAAUAUAGAGAUAUGAUAUACAGUUUCAUGUGCAAAUCUAAAUUGCAGUUUAACUAUAAACAUGAAAGAUA